AUGCCUCUAAACCUCCAGACCACAGUCCCCUGGACGUCGCUUGUCUAUAAGCGUGAUCCAGCUGGGGAAUCUAGGACUUCUAUUGGCAUCACUACCCCACAGAGGGCAGCAAAUCUAGAGCAUAUCCUUGGGGCCCAACAAGAGAUUUCCAACCAAAGAGCCUGCGAAGCCUGCGAAGGACACCCGGAAGACACCCAGAAGACACCUUACGAGAGUUGA